CCUGCUACAAGAGUCGGACGAAAAUCUGCGAGGCCACAAAAGUCUGCCCCACCUACUACUACCAGCAAACCGAACAAACAGACAAUACAUGAGCCAUCCCCUACAACCAGAAAAGGUAGAUGUAGUCCUAGCGCGGCGCAUGCUGCCACCAUAAAUGAUACAGGUCUAAGGCCUGGGACGUCACCAGAUGUGCCUGCUACAAGAGCCGGACGAAAAUCUGCGAGGCCACAAAAGUCUGCCCCACCUACUACAACCAGCAAACCGAACAAACAGACAAUACGAAGACAAAGUACACGUGAAACCAGUUUCAAGACAAAACUGAAGAAAGCUAUAGCCAACCUCGUGCGGGUUCCAAGUGAUGACAAAUCGGAAACGGCGAAAAUCUACAACCCUAUCGUCAACUGUAUCUUGGAAGAAAUAAAGAAGAUGGCAGUAGAUGAAGGAGAGGACGACAUAUUUCGUCUCCGGCAGUUGAAUUCCGGAAGCUACUUCGAAAACCUAAAGGUGGACACUACAAAUGAGUUCGACUUCAUGUUCUGUAUCUAUGGCCAGAAGCUGACUCUAGAGGAGACGGAGCCCAGUCUCGGGAUGGUCGCCGUGAAACUUCCGAGGAAAAACAAGUCAUCACUCCGCAAUUACUUAACUCCAGACGGAUACUUGUCUCCAAAGAAACUGUUGAACCGAUUCAGAGGCCUGGUGGAACAGACCAUCGAGACUCUGAGUGCAGCAGGGGCGGACAGUCCUUUCAAAGACCUAGAGUUUAAACUGAUGAGGCAGAAGGAUGGAUGCCCGGCUGUUACUCUGAAUGUUGCCAAGAAAAGGCUGCAGAUGUCCAUCGACCUGGUUUUUGCCUUGGAGGUACCGACACCCUGGCCAAAAUGUACAAAGGGAUGGAACCAAAGCGUCACACACUGGCCUGACUCCCGGGACAUCAGAGCGAUCAAGAGGAAUGAACUUCACCUCGUGGCCAAGGCAGCACCUCAUGAUAAAGACCCUGACGGGGAGAAGCUAUGGAGGCUCUCCUUUUCCCAAGCUGAAAAGGAAAUCUUCAACGGACGCGGACAGAUCCUGAGCCCGACAGACGCCAGCAACCACGCCACCUUGUGCCGCAAAGACUGCCUGCGAUGCCUGAAGUACAUCAAGUACAAGCUUCAACUGACAGGGGGCGUUUCUAGGGAUGUCGAUUUCGCCUCGUAUCAUCUAAAAACGGUCCUGCUACACGCCAUUGUGAAGAGACCAGACGGCUGGGAGAAUGAGAACCUGGUGACGUGUUUGGUGUGCGUCAUCGAUGUGUUGGUGUCCAGUAUCGAGACAAGGCACCUUCCCCACUUCUUCAUACCCGGUUACAAUCUUUUCGAACCCGCGAUAUUCAAAGGACUGGAACACCUGGACACCGUUAAAGACCAGUUCCUCCGCGUGAAGGAAGAUCUUGUGAACGAACGUCUUCCAAAGGAGCUAGAUGCUUUGGAGAUGCCAGUUCAUUAAGAUCCACACAGAUGAAACUUACCAUGAAAGUUCAUCUGUGUUGGUAGUAAUCAAAGUAAAACAUUGAACUUUAUUCCAACACACAGUUUACA